AUUGUCAAAAAGCAUGCUAUAAAAUUCUAUAUUCAACAAAUAUAAGUAUAUUUACAUUUCUCAUCGUAAAUUGAUGAAUUUAAAGAAUUUUUUACGUUUAUUAAAAAAAAUGACAGUGGGUGAAAAUGGCACAACUUUGGACUACCGCAAUAAGGUAAUAAUGGCACCAAUGGUUAGAGUUGGAACUUUGCCAAUGCGUUUGAUGGCGCUGGAAUUUGGUGCUGACAUCGUUUAUACAGAGGAAUUAAUUGAUUUGAAGUUAAUGCGUAGCAAACGGCGUGUUAAUGCUGCUUUGGGCACUGUUGACUUUGUCGACCGUAGUGAUGGCACAAUUGUAUUUCGCACCUGUGCCAAGGAACGACAACAACUUGUACUGCAGUUGGGCACUAGUGAUGCAGAACGGGCUUUAAGCGUAGGGAAGUUAGUAGAAAAUGACAUUGCCGCGCUAGAUAUAAAUAUGGGUUGCCCCAAGGAAUUCUCGAUAAAGGGUGGCAUGGGUGUAGCACUACUUGCACAACCAGAUAAGGCGGCGCAUAUCCUAACAACAUUAUGCAAAAAUUUGAGCAUACCAGUAACCUGCAAAAUUAGAAUUUUACCAGACCUGAACGAUACUAUAGCGCUGGUGCAGCGUUUUGCAAAUACAGGAAUAGCGGCGAUUGCGAUACAUGCGCGCACGCGAGACGAACGGCCACAGCAUGCACCGCAUCCAGAUUUUAUACGUGAGAUUGCGAAAGCGGUUGAUAUACCAGUGAUCGCAAAUGGCGGUUCCAGAGAGUUUCAGAAAUACAAUGAUAUAAUAAAGUUUCGUGACUUGUGUGGCGCCACUAGUGUUAUGGUGGGCAGAGCUGCGCAAUUGAACGUGUCGAUUUUUCGAAAAGAAGGCAUGCUGCCAAUGGAUGACAUUAUUGUUAAGUAUUUAAAGCUGAGUGUAGAUUAUGACAAUGCAGCGCACAACACUAAAUAUUGCGUACAAAAUAUACUGAAAGAGUUGCAAGAAACACCGCGUGGUAAACAAUUCUUACAAUGCCAAACGCUACAACAAAUGUGUGAAAUCUGGUCACUUGGCGAUUAUUGCUAUCGCAAGCAAGUGGAGCAGAAAGAGAAAGGAAAUUUCGGCAGACGUGAAGUGGCACCGGGCAUGAUACCUGACGAUGACGAUACAACUGAAGGUCCUGAAAUAAAGCGUCAGAAAAUAGAGGUACCGCCGCUGGAUGCUGAUGUCAUUGAACACAAUAUUGCAUUCUUGCGUUCGAAUUACAAUAGCGAUACACAGCUGCCAAAAACCAAGCUCUAUACCUAUGCUGGGCGUAAGGAUAUCAGCAUACCACAAUAUGAAACGCAACGCAUUGAUAAGCUAUUCCGCGCCAUUUGCACGUUCAAUGGCAAACGUUACACGAGCUCGUUUUGGGAGAAAAACAAGAAACAAGCCGAGCAAGGUGCAGCGCUGGUGUGCCUGCUCGACAUCGGCGAAGUGAGUGAAGAUGAUUUGAUAAAGAACGGCAGCAUAUUACGGUGAUAUACAUAUAUUCUGAUGUUUAUGUAUGUAAAUUUUAACUAAAAAAUUAUAAAAUAUUUUAUAGUAAAAAAUUAUGGUUUAAAAGUGGAAGUGUAAUUUAUUAGUAAAUUACCGAUUAUUAAAAUAAAAUGUGAACAAGCUACUAUGUCACGUAAAUCGCA